CAGUUGGCAGGCUGCUGCGGGAGGCGGUGGCGGUAAGAAGCCGGAGGCAGAGGGGUGACAGGAAAGUGGAGACCCUCAAAAAUCUAUAGUAGGAGUUCCCUGACCAGGGAUCAAACCCGCGCCCCCUGCAGUGGAAGCGUGGAGUCUUAACCACUGGACCUCUAGUGAAGUCCCUCUUUCUUGUUUUCAACCUCAGAAAAGUUGGAAAACAUUUAAGUCUCAACAAAUGAAUCCCACACUUGAACUCUGCCGCAUUCCUGUGCCACCUCCUCCAUUGGAACACUGAUCUUAGAACAGAGAGAGAAAAGAGGAAUAGAAGAUAGAAGAAGAUGCUGGGAUCUGAACGUGGCGUUGUGGAAGAAUGGUUAUCAGAAUUCAAGGCAUUACCUGACACUCAGAUCACCAAUUAUGCAGCAACUUUACACCGGAAAAAAACACUGGUACCAGCCCUGUAUAAAGUUAUUCAAGAUUCGAAUAAUGAGCUCCUGGAGCCUGUCUGCCACCAGCUGUUUGAGCUCUACCGCAGCUCUGAAGUUCGACUUAAGAGGUUCACACUGCAGUUCUUGCCAGAAUUGAUGUGGGUUUAUUUGCGGCUUACAGUUAGCCGAGACAGACAGAGUAAUGGUUGCAUUGAAGCACUUCUUUUAGGAAUUUACAAUUUGGAAAUUGCUGAUAAAGAUGGGAACAAUAAAGUUCUGUCUUUUACUAUCCCUUCCUUAUCCAAGCCUUCAAUAUACCAUGAGCCCUCAACAAUUGGAUCCAUGGCUUUGACAGAAGGGGCAUUGUGUCAGCAUGAUCUCAUCAGGGUUGUUUACAGUGAUCUUCAUCCGCAGAGGGAAACAUUCACUGCACAAAACCGGUUUGAAGUCCUGAGUUUCCUCAUGUUAUGUUAUAAUUCUGCUAUUGUAUAUAUGCCUGCUUCAUCUUACCAGUCUCUUUGCCGAAUGGGCUCCAGGGUUUGUGUGAGUGGAUUUCCACGGCAACAUGAAAAACACUGGAAAGAACUCUGUGGUCGAAUAGUAUUGGAUCCUGAAUUUAUGGUGCAGCUUCUCACAGGAGUUUAUUAUGCCAUGUAUAAUGGACAGUGGGACCUUGGCCAGGAAGUCCUUGAUGACAUCAUUUAUAGAGCUCAGCUAGAACUCUUUUCUCAGCCGCUAUUGGUUGCCAAUGCCAUGAAAAACUCAUUACCAUUUGAUGCUCCUGAUUCUUCACAAGAAGGCCAGAAAGUACUUAAAGUCGAAGUCACUCCAACAGUGCCGAGGAUUUCUCGGACUGCGAUUACAACAGCUUCAAUCCGUCGCCAUAGAUGGAGGAGAGAAGAUGGCUUUGACUUCUCAAACGAGGCUGACUCGAGUAUUCCUGGCUCCCCGAUCCAACACGGCUCCACUGACCUAGGGAUCAAACGUGUGCAAGAGGGGGAGGUGCUGGUGCGCAGGACUCCUGAGCACGGCUCACCGGAGCCCAACUCAGCAGCAGCCACAACAGAGGGUGCUGAGGGUGUAAAUGGAGGAGAGGAGUCGGUAAACCUGAAUGAUGCAGAUGAAGGAUUUUCAUCAGGGGCUUCCCUCAGCAACCAGCCAGUUGGGACCAAACCAUCCUCCUCUUCUCAGAGGGGAAACUUAAGGAAAGUAGCAACUGGGCGUUCAGCCAAGGAUAAAGAAACAGCUUCUGCUAUCAAAUCCAGUGAGAGCCCUCGAGAUUCAGUAGUUCGCAGGCAGUAUGUACAGCAACCAAGUGAUCUUAGUGUAGAUUCAAUUGAGCUGACGCCGAUGAAGAAACACCUGAGCCUGCCUGCUGGCCAGGUGGUGCCAAAAACUAAUAGUAUAAGUCUAAUCCGGACAGCCAGUGCUUCCUCAAGUAAAUCAUUUGACUAUGUAAAUGGCAGUCAAGCAAGUACCAGCAUUGGGGUUGGCACUGAGGGUGUUACUAAUUUAGCAGCUAACAAUGGUAAUCGAUAUUCAACUGUCAGUCUACAGGAAGACCGGCUAGGUCAAGCUGGAGAAGGUAAAGAGCUUCUCAGCCCAGGAGCUCCCUUAACCAAGCAGUCUCGAUCCCCAAGUUUCAAUAUGCAGCUAAUAUCCCAGGUGUAGUCUUGACAUCCUCUCUCAUCUUUCUGCUUACCUUCUAAACUGAACAUUUCAUGUGCAAGAAGACACUUCAUCCCACUUGUGAAAAUAUUGGUCAUCAUAAACAGAUUUGAUUUAGUUUAGGUAUCUUCAUACUGUAUUUUGUAUGGAAACAGCAAUAAGGUUUUCUUUUCCCUCCUUCCUAUAUCUUCUCUUCACCUAUUCCUUGUAAAUGUGUUUGUGAAGCAGUAGAAAAUGUUUGUGUUUUCCACACCUUCCUUUCUCCUUGGGUGAAGUGCAAUCCAUCGUAGGCUGAUCGGUCCCAUUUCAACACUGUGAGACUGAGGUUAUGUUAGAGGAAAUGGUGUAUAUGAUCCCUAUGAAUGAUUCUUCAGCUUUUGUUUAAAAAAAAAAAAAAAACGGGUUGUUCUCAUAAUCUAUGAAGAUUACUGGGUCAUAUUUUUUCUCUCUUAACCAGGAGUGCCUCAGAGAUUCUGCUAUGACUUUGGACUUCUCUGAGUCUGUGCAAUUAUUUUCUUGAGAAGCAUGGGGAAAGGUGGUAGACUGCUGCACUUUUUCAUUAAAACGAGGGUGGCUCUUUUUUCCCCCAUCUCCUUUAUCUCGAGGACACAAUGUUCAAUUACUGAGGCAUUUAAAUCAAGUUGUGGCCGCCUCUGUUGGAGGACAGGGCUCUAAGUUGAUUGUGUAAUAGAUAAUGCACUUUCUCAGUGGCUCUAUAGUCAUUAUUAACAUGUCUUCCCUCCUCCCCACAAGGACAUAAAGUCAUUUCUGUCCUUCAAGUUUGAACAGCUAAUAAAUCAGAGAAUCCAAGGGGCAUGUUCUAUUUCCCAGGAAUGAUUGACACUUUGGUGCUGGGGUUUUAUGGGGGGAGGGGGUAGUUUUUGUUUAGCUUGUGUGGGAUUGUGUGUGAGGGGAAGUUUUGAUUGUUUUUUUUCUUUUCCUUUGUGAGCUGUUGAUGACUGAAGUAGAACAGGUACGUCUUCAGGUAAAGAGAGGGAUUUCUCAACCCACUUUCUGUGAUGUCAGACGAUUGGAGAAACCCUUUCAGCUGCUUUCUAGAUGUACCUAAAUUCAGUCAGAUAUUUUGGAUUAAGAAACCUGAAGUCCUGAUAGAUCAUAUACUCCAAGGAAAUACAUCAGGGACAGAUAAUUGGCUGAAAACACUGACGCUUCAAUGUGACACAUUUUUAUAGAACAUUUCUACCAGGGGGUACUGACUUGAUUUCUCCUACAAGGACCACACUGCCUUUGUGUUUAAUGUAAUGCAAUUUGUGUACCUUCUAAUCAUAUAUCUGCAAAAGUUUCUCAUUUUUAUAAAAAAUCAUGCCAGUAAGCUAGAUGUUGAAUGUAUGUAAGUAGCAUUUGGUAACUGUGCGAAGAGGCUACAAAAGUGCAUUAUUGGUUUAAAAAAGUUUUUUUUUUAGAUCUGAUUUGGUUGGAUAAGGUUUCAUUAUGACCUCUUCUGGGUCUCAGGCUCUAAUGCUUGAUUGAAAUAGGAGAAAAUAUAUUGGUUUUUGAAAAUCAGUGUAUUGUGACUUGAACUGCUGUACAUUCUUCCACACAGUAUGUCAGAGUGAUUAGUGCUUUGUACAUUUAGACAUUUUUAUUUUAUUGUUGUGAAAGAAAAAUAUACUGAAUUUAUAGAAAGCAAGUAUUCUCCUAAUUAACAAAGUUUAAAAUAUUAUCUCUACUGAUUAAAAUUACAAUAGAUUUUGAUAAAUAAAAUAACCAGAAAAAUGCCUCUUGUUUUUUUCACACCUAAAAAUCUACCCAUCCCCCCCACCCCGCCUUUUAUUGUAAGAGGUUUUUGUAAGGGACUUUCUGUUAGAAUCUUUAUAAGAACAGUGAGAUGCUUGUUUGAAUUUGGUGGUGUGUAAUAUUUUUCAGCUCACAUGAAAAUGGAAAACUAGAACCUGAACCAUUACCUACAACAUUGCCAAAGUCCGGGGGAAAACUAAAAGUUGAUAAACAGAGAUUUGUUGAUUUGUGUGUAUAUAUAUAUGUUUGUUUGUGUGUGUGUGUGUAUAGUGUGUAUAUGUAUAAAUCACAAAGAAUAUUUUAGAUAUCCCUUACCUCUUUUAAUUUAACUAAGGGAUGUCAGAUAAAUGAAUUAAAAGCAACCAAAUAAAUGAGGUGUAAAGCUCUAUAACACACAGAGUUUCAGGUGUGAAAGGAAAAGAGCAUUGUACUUACCAGGGGGUGAGAUCUUGGCCAUGGCUGGAGAUCAGUAACUUUAUGGCAGAAAUGUCUGGUUGAUUUAAGAGACUGAAGGGUUGUUUUUAAUUCAACACAUUGUGCAUUUAUUGGCAUCUAAAUCUAGCAUGAUUUUAGUUAAAGCACAAAAAAAUACCAAAUUACAGCAAAGGCUAUAAUAAAUAUAAUAAGCUCUCCCUCUGGUUUGUUAGAAAUCUUAUGUUAUACCUGAAAAGUUGGUUCUGAAAAACUUUCACCUUAGAGAAUUUCAUUUAUUUCUAUGUGUAUUUGUAUAUAUUUUGUACAUAUACAU